AUGCAGCUAAAUAUUCUGGAUAUGGUAUACGAAACGUUCCUGAAGCGCAACGUCUCGGCCAUCCUGUUCCUGUCCAACACGGAACUGUACGGACGUAACAUUGCGGCCGCCCAGUACUUCCAGCAGUUGACCAACUACUUGCGAAUUCCUGUCGUCGCCUGGAAUGCCGACAACUCCGGAUUAGAAAAGGUACAAUCAAUGCUGCUGGAUUGUAUGGCAUCGCGAUUAUUUCGGAUUAUUUUCGAUCGAAUUAAUUCUUCCGACACACAUCCGAUUCCCUUUGAACCAUCGUCGUCGUCGUCGUCCAUCCAGCGUGAUGCCAUUAAGCUUAGACUAAGGUCGCGUCAAGACUGUGUUCAUUUCGAGACGACGGACAACCAGCUGACCAAGAGCAUAUCAACUGUUCUCAAAGUUUUUGUCAAUGGAGUGGAGGGCUUUCACCGCGAGUCGAAUGCAUCGACCCUGCUCAGCCCCAAGGUUUCCUGUGAAGACUCGACAUCCACGUCAUCUCGUUGGGCUCAAGGCGAGCAGCUCUUCAAAUAUCUUCAAAAUGUGCGGAUUGAUGUCGAUCCUGGCAGGCCGUCGCUGGAAUUCGACGCUGACGGUACCCGCAGUUCAGUCGAGCUGACGAUUGUCAAUUCACAACCGAGUAAUAGCGGUGGAUCCGGUAGAGAACUUCUGUGGAGACAAAUUGGCCAUUGGCAGUCGUGGAAGAAGGAUGGACUCGAUAUCCAAGAUAUCGUGUGGCCCGGUCACAGUCACGUACCAUCACCUGAAGACGGUCCUGACAAGUUCCACUUGAAAGUUGCCUUUUUGGAGGAGCCGCCGUUCAUCAGCAUCGUGCCGCCUGAUCCGGUUAGCGGUCGCUAUCCUGUCAGCCAUGGAGUACCUUGUCGCGUGGGCAACCAUGUUCCGCUGAACGGGGAAACUGGUCCGGGGCUGUUUCCAGCACGAAACGUGACGCAAUGUUGUUCCGGCUUCUGCAUCGAUCUGCUUGAGAAGUUCAGCGACGAUCUCGGGUUUACUUACGAACUCAUCAGAGGGGACGACCCAAAGUUCGGCACUCAUGUGAAUGGAAGGUGGAACGGGCUGAUGGGAGCGCUGGCCAAUCGCAGAGUGGAUAUGGUCAUGACAUCUCUGACAGUCAACGCCGAGCGGGAGCACGUCGCUGAUUUCUCAAUUCCUUUCAUGGAGACGGGCAUCGCUAUUUUGGUGGCCAAGAGGACCGGCAUCAUUUCGCCAACUGCAUUUCUAGAGCCGUUCGAUACGGCGUCUUGGCUUCUCGUCGGCGUCGUUGCCUUUUAAGUAGCCGCCCUGGCCAUCUUCCUCUUCGAGUGGCUCUCUCCGUCCGGAUAUAACAUGCAGUUAUGCGUUCCGACCAAUCAGCGUUUCUCGCUUUUCCGGACCUACUGGCUCGUCUGGGCCAUCCUUUUCCAGGCUUCUGUCAACAUCGACUGUCCAAAGGGGUUCACAUCGAGAUUCAUUUCCAACGUCUGGGCCACAUUCGCCGUCGUGUUUCUGGCCAUUUACACUGCCAGUCUGGCGGCCUUUAUGAUCACUCGCGAAGAGUUCUACGACCUGAGUUGCGUCGAAGACCCAUGGCUGAUGAGCCCCAAGAGUCACGAGCCGCCGUUCCGCUUUGGCACCGUGUCCAACACUCACACGGAGGCGACCAUUCUCCGGCACUACAAGGAGAUGCACUACCACAUGCGAAACUACAAUCUCAAUGAAAUUCGAGCCGGAAUCGAAGCUGUCAAACGAGGUGAAUUGGACGCUUUUCUUUACGACGGCGCAGUGCUAGACUAUUUGGUGGCCCAGGACGAAGGUCGUCUGUUAACCGUCGGCUCGUGGUACGCCAUGACAGGUUACGGUGUCGCCUUCCCUUGCGGCUCCAAACAGUAUGUGGCACCUUUCAACGAAAAGCUGCUGGAAUACAUUGAAAACGGCGACGUCGAUCGUUUGCGUCGCUUCUGGUUAACCGGCGUCUAGCCAUACAAGGAGGAGUGCCAGUUUUCCGAGCCGCUGUCAACCGAGCAAUUUCUGUCCGCCUUCUUGUUGCUCCUCUCGAGCAUCGGACUGGCCUUUCUCCUCCUCUGUCUCGAGCACAUUUACUUUCACUCCAUCCGCCCCCAUCUGACAUCACCGACGACCGGCGCUUGCUGAUCUCUCAUUUCGAUUAACAUGGGCAAGUCGCUGACAUUCCGGGACGCCGUUUUCGAAACGCAGGACAGAUUGAAAUCGCAUCGUUGCCGCGACGCCAUCUGUCGCUUGCAUUUGCGAAGACUGAAUCUCCAGCUGGAUGUAACGCGGAAGAGGAUCCGCCAACUGGAGAAGCAACUCGGCGGCGGCAGCAACUGACGUAAUUGGCUGUGGGCGUCACCGUUGGUUCGUUCUCAUUGACCUUUUGAUGUAUCGGAAAUUUACAUCUGGCAU